AUGAAAAUUACAGAUGUAUCUAUAUCCUCUAUGGGUAUAGGUAAACUAUUUAAAGAAGAUAACACAGCACCUAUAAACUCAAUGGAUUUCUAUAAAGAUGGUACACUAUUAGUAACAGCAUCAGAUGAUGAAUCAAUUCACUUUAAAAAGUAUGGUGUAGAUUUAAUAAGAUUUACACAUCAUAAUAAUGCUAUUUUAUGUGCAUCAAAGAAUGCUUGGGAUGAAUCACUUAGAUAUCUUUCAUUACAUGAUAAUAAAUAUAUUAGAUACUUUAAAGGUCAUAGAAAUAGAGUUGUAUCUUUAUCAAUGUCACCGAAAGAAGAUACGUUUAUGUCUGGAUCAUUGGAUGAUACUAUUAGAUUGUGGGAUUUGAGAACUAGUACAUGUCAAGGUAUCAUGAGAAGAAACAAUAGACCGGCAGUCUCGUAUGACCCAGAGGGUCUGAUUCUGGCUACGGCAGUCUCUGCCAACACUAUAAAGCUGUUUGAUGCACGUAACUAUGAUCGUGGACCCUUCAUGUCGUUUGUCAUUCAGUAUAAUAACCCGGUGGAGUGGACCUCGAUGAAGUUCUCGAACGACGGUAAAUACAUACUGUUGACCACCACCGAGAACACUAUAUUCCUCAUCGAUUCGUUCUACGGACAGACUGUACAGACAUUCACAUCGUUCACCAAUGACAAUGCAUCGGUAAUGGAAGCAUCUUUCACACCCGACACACAGUACGUCAUUGCAGGUAGUGAAGACGGUACCAUUCACGUCUGGCGAACACUGACCGGCGAGGAAGUCGCUGUGUGGGGUGGUCAUACCUCGAAGGUAGGUUGUGUACAAUGGAACCCAAAGAUGAUGAUGGCUGCAUCUGCUUGUUCAACUCUUUCAUUCUGGAUACCAUCAACAUUAGAAUAA